AGAGACGUCUCAAACACCUAGUUGGUUGGUUCUUUCUCUAUGUAUUGCUGUUAGUUUAUUUGUAGCUACUAGUUUUCCCUCUUCCUUCAUAUCUGUAGUAAUCUUCAGAACGAGUGUGAAAUCUAAGUCGAAAUUUGUCCUUACAAUACAGAACAAUCAGAUAUCAUCAAUGACAUUGCUUAGGAUUCAAGCAAUUCUAUGUGGAAUGCACCACUUUUUCUGAGAAAUUUUCAUCUAGCGACUUCGAACACUUUAAAGUGAUCAGUACUUAUUAUAUCUUAAUGAAAGUCCAGUUAUAAAUGGAAGUAUAUACUUCCGUUCGUUACAUACACAUGACGGACUGAUCUAUUAUAAAACUUCAAAUUUGAGUACAGUUGAAUUUAGUUCCCUGUCCUGUUUCUCCUGUAUGAAACCUCAGGAGUUCACUGGCGUUAUAUAUAAUGGUUCGUUAACCAAUCACUCAAUAGCGACUUGAAUUUUUCACUGAUAUUAUCACUCACGGCAGUGUCAUACACAUCCAAAAGUUUAUACACUUACUGAAUAUACACCUGGUGUAUUCAUUUGUGCGUUCGUUCUCCUCACUCCUUUAACUCUUCACUCGGCAUGUAUCAGCCCUUUAUCUCCUUUUUCCUGUUUACAGUCAGAUAAUUGUAUUGGUGGGAAGUGUGUGAUUUUUAGCAAGUUGGAUAUUCGUAGCCAGUUACUUCCUUAAUUUACAAGUGAAAAGUAGGGAUUCAGCUGCACGUCUGUGCCAAUCUGUUCUCCACAGUCUUUUAGAUAACCACGUAAGCUUAUGUCUUUUCCUCACACGAUCUCCAUGCCACCGUAGACGCCCUAUUCGUCAUUUCCAAUUUGAGUUCUGAUUGCGUGCCUCGCGUAUGAUAUUAUUCAACAAUAUUCUCAGCGUGUGUCCCAUUCAUCUCCAUUUUAUCAUACAUAUUUGUUAGGUGAUAGGUUCUAGUUCCUACCUGUACCUAACCUCAAUUCUCUUUAGCAAUAGUUCGUGAAUGUUUUCAAAAGCGGCCUUAUUUUAUGUAUCACAAAAAUUACCCAUGUCUGCUUUUAUUUAGAAUGAGUUUCUAACUAAAAAUAAGUAUUUUUCAUUCCUAUUAGCAGAACACAUUAUGUUAUCCGUAUAGGCUCAGUAGAUGUCCGAAGUUGUUUUCCAGUUAGCUCAGCUUUCUCACUUCAGAAUUAAAACUGCUUUCUAAUAGCUUUCGAAACUCUUCACUAUCUCGAAAAAGCUCGGAAAUUUUAUUUUCUUACUACACUCAGUGGUUGUCCAGAUCAUGAGUACCGUUCUUGCUUGUGUUGAUAGUUUCAUACUGUUGCACAGUCCGCACACGUCUAUCAAGGAGGAUAGAAGUGUGCAGAGCGCUCUGUGUUCUAGAUGUGGUGCUAUCCAAAGAUCAAAAAGUGUAAGGAAAUUCGUAUAUGGAUCUUUUAUUCCAGCACUACCACACUUUCCGUGUCAAAAAAUAUUCACAAAUCCCUUGAAUCUUUUAUUUAAGACUCCAGACAUUGAUAGACCCCAAUUGACCUACUGGAGCAUCAGAAGCCCCAACACCACACUUGGUACCAUAGUUUAGGGGAUUGAAACAUAGAGAAAAUGCCAGUAGCCGAUAUAUAUGUAUAUAUAUCUUGAGAAGGAGAGGGAAUAAGCGGAAAGCAGUUAGAGCAGCAGACAGAGGUCUGGUGAAUUUAUAUGUUGCUACUUGUUUGUGUGUAAAAAUUCAUUUUCGCGUACACGCCUCUUUUAAACUGCACGUAUCUGCUUAUAGUCUUAAUACUGCUUUAUUGGUUUCCCUUGUUGGGAGGUCAACCAAUACAUUUUUUUCAGUUAAGGUAGUGUAUCUUAGAGAUACGGAGUUUUCACUAAUGGAACUUGUCAUUUUCAGCGUCCGUGUUAACGUGAAAUUGACAACAAAGUUUUAGAAGACUGGAGAUUUAUUCGUUGGCUUGAAUUGUCAUUCGAUAGUCACAACGUAUUUGCGUGUCGAUGCAUCUGCAGUUUAUUGUUGUACGCGAUUGACUUUCAUCUAAUAAACUCAUAAGAAGUUGGUGAACUAUUUCGUGUCUAAUGGCUGUCAACUCUGUUAUCCCAUCAGAACUGCGUCAAUUGAGGGCGUGCUUGUUGUGCGGUUUAGUGAAGACUCUUAAUCAGUUUCAGUUAAAUGGAUGCGAGAAUUGUGAAGACUUUCUUAAGAUGCAAGGUGAUCGAGAAAAAGUCUAUGAAUGCUCUUCUGCCAACUUCGAUGGCUUACUUGCAAUGAUGUCACCAAACGAUAGUUGGGUUGCUAGGUGGCAAAUGAUUGAUAAACUGACACCUGGAGUAUACGCAAUCAGUGUGUAUGGAACACUUCCCAGUGAUAUAGUGCACUAUCUACGAAGCAAAGGAAUUUCCUACCGGUCUCUCGACAAAAGUGGAAAAUAGAUACGUGCUUUCGGAAACUUGUAAAUUUAACCAUACUGUAUAUUUAUUUACUUAAACUCACACUGCAAUAUUAAUACGUUUUUUUGUUAUAUUAAAUGCUAAAAUUUGUUCACCUUCAGUGUACAUAUUUAUAGCUAAGAGUUAAAGCAGUUUUAAAAUAACACUAAAGACCUUUAAACAGAUGAUAUUUCUUUUAUCGUUUACCUGUUGUCGUCACAGCUUUUGAAAUUUAAGUUGAAGAUUUCCUAGUUUUGAUGGGAUGGUUUUUCAGUAACAUUUUCAGUUUUAACUGACUCUUAAACAGUUAAUAAGAUCUAAAAAUAACGGAGAUUUGUGAUUUAGAUGGCUGUUUGUGGUGUUUUUAUGUUCUUAG